CACCACCACCACCACCACCAUCUCUUCCAGUACUCCAACCAUUUUGCCUUGUGUAAUCACAAUCAGUAUAACACUUACUACCCAGCUCUGCUCCCUUUGCCUUCUCCAAUACCUCUGCACCUGGCUUUGGCUCCUCCUCUCCCUCAAAAUCAUACCUUUAAAUCAAAAACCCAUUUUCAUAAACUUUCACGUAACCUCAAUAAAUCUCCUCUCGCUACCUCCUCUCAUACCCAGGUCACAGAUAUCACAAUUUCCCCAGCUCCAAAGGGGCUACUGGGGCAGAAUGAUUUACCCUAUCAAGGAAAUGAUGGCGAUGGGGAAGGGAUCAUGAGCGCUGCAGCACCACCAUUAGUGGCUGCAAGGAGACCGGAUUCUGGUGGCACAGAAGGGCCAGUGAUAUCUCUACUUGCUAACCAUUUUCUAGUCCAGUUUGAUUCCUCACAAAGAAUAUACCAUUACAAUGUUGAAAUCUCUCCAAGUCCAUCCAAAGAAGUUGCUCGAAUGAUCAAACAGAAACUGGUGCAGGACAACCCAGUUACUCUCUCUGGGGCUCUUCCUGCCUAUGAUGGCAGAAAGAAUCUUUACAGCCCUAUAGAAUUCCAAAAUGAUAGGUUUGAGCUUUUCAUUAGCCUCCCAAUCACCACUAGCAGCAAUUCAUCAGCUUUACCUUUUGGAGAGUUAAGUGACUUGGAAGGGAAGAAACAACAGUUCAAACUCUUCCGAAUUAAUAUCAGACUUGUGUCAAAGCUUGAUGGGAAGGAAUUGAAUAGCUAUCUGAGCAAGGAAGCUGAUGAUUGGAUCCCACUGCCUCAAGAUUACCUCCAUGCUUUGGAUGUUGUUUUGAGAGAGAGCCCAACUGAGAAGUGUAUAUCUGUAGGGAGAUCUUUCUAUUCAAGUUCAAUGGGAGGUGCUAAGGAAAUUGGGGGAGGAGCUGUUGGUUUGAGAGGGUUCUUUCAGAGUCUUCGACCAACCCAGCAGGGCCUUGCUCUCAAUGUGGAUUUCUCUGUUACUGCUUUCCAUGAGAGCAUUGGAGUGAUUCCAUACUUGCAGAAGCGUCUCGAGUUUCUCCAAGAUCUUCCUCAAAGGAAAACGAGGAGGUUGAGUGGUGAAGAAAGGAAAGAAGUAGAGAAGGCAUUGAGGAACAUCCGGGUUUUUGUUUGCCAUAGAGAAACUGUUCAGAGGUACCGGGUUUACGGCUUAACUGAGGAAGCUACCGAAAAUCUUUGGUUUGCAGACAGGGAUGGGAAGAAUCUGAGACUGCUAACUUACUUCAAAGAUCAUUACAACUAUGAUAUACAAUUCAGGAACUUGCCAUGCUUGCAGAUUAGUAGAAGCAAGCCAUGUUAUCUUCCUAUGGAGCUUUGUAUGAUAUGUGAAGGCCAAAAGUUUCUUGGUAAGCUUUCAGAUGAUCAGACUGCAAGAAUACUUAAGAUGGCCUGCCAAAGACCAAAAGAAAGAAAAGCCCUUAUAGACGGAGUGAUGGGAGGACCUGUUGGACCAACAAGUGGGAAUCAGGGAAGAGAGUUCAAAUUCAAUGUUUCAAGGGAAAUGACAAGAUUGAGUGGGAGAAUUCUACAACCUCCAAAGCUUAAGCUUGGUGAUGGUGGUCAUGUAAGAGAUUUAACUCCCUUUCGCCACAACCGACAGUGGAACCUUCUGGACAGCCAUGUCUUUGAAGGAACUCGAAUAGAGAGGUGGGCAUUGAUAAGUUUUGGAGGCACACCUGAUCAGAAGUCUAACAUUUCAAAAUUCAUAAACCAGUUGUCUCAAAGGUGCGAACAGUUAGGCAUCUUUCUUAACAAGAACACAAUAAUAAGUCCCCAGUUUGAGCCAACACAGUUACUUAACAACGUCUUCCUUCUUGAGUCGAAGCUUAAGAAAAUCCACAAAGCUGCAUCAAACAAUCUGCAGCUGCUGAUGUGCAUAAUGGAGAGAAAGCACAAGGGAUAUGCAGAUUUGAAGCGAAUAGCAGAGACAAGUGUGGGAGUAGUAACCCAAUGUUGUUUGUAUCCAAACCUUAGCAAGUUGAGUUCACAAUUCCUGGCUAACUUAGCUCUCAAAAUGAAUGCUAAGGUUGGGGGCUGCACAGUUGCUUUGUACAACUCGCUACCGUCUCAAAUUCCACGUAUCCUUCAGCUCGAUGAGCCUGUGAUGUUUAUGGGUGCUGAUGUUACUCAUCCUCAUCCUCUCGAUGAUUUCAGCCCAUCUGUUGCUGCUGUUGUAGGAAGCAUGAACUGGCCUGCAGCCAACAAGUAUGUUUCAAGAAUGAGGUCCCAAACCCAUAGACAAGAAAUUAUCCAGGAUCUUGCUUCGAUGGUAGGGGAGUUACUAGAUGAUUUCCUCCAAGAAAUAACCCAACUUCCCAAAAGAAUCAUAUUCUUCCGGGAUGGAGUAAGUGAAACCCAAUUUAACAAGGUGCUUAAAGAGGAGCUACAAGCUAUUAGAGAAGCAUGUUCAAGAUUUCCUGGUUAUAGACCUCCCAUUACUUUUUCUGUAGUUCAAAAGAGGCAUCACACAAGGUUGUUUCCCUAUGAUCUUGAUUCAUCUUCCUCCCAAAAUCAGUUCUUUGAAGAAAACAUUCCUCCGGGAACUGUGGUAGACACCGUGAUUACUCACCCGAGAGAAUUUGAUUUCUACCUGUGUAGCCACUGGGGAGUAAAAGGAACCAGCCGUCCAACACAUUACCAUGUCCUGUGGGAUGAGAAUCAUUUCACUUCUGAUGAACUCCAAAAGCUGGUUUACAAUCUGUGCUACACAUUUGUGAGGUGUACGAAGCCAGUUUCUUUAGUUCCCCCUGCCUACUAUGCUCACUUGGCUGCAUAUAGAGGCAGACUUUACCUUGAGCGAUCUUCUGAACCUACAGCUUCUGUGAGAAAUACUUGUACUAUUUCACGAGCUGCACCUCCAAAGACAACACCUCUACCCAAACUUCGUGAAAAUGUAAAGAAGCUCAUGUUUUACUGCUAGUUUUUCUUGCCCUUGAAUCGUAUGAAAUGCACACUUUAAUUAUUAACAGCCAAGUAGAAAUUAAACAAGCUUAACCUUCCAAA